AUGCCCUCUUUAGAAGAACCUCCUGCGCGAAGCAGCCUGCCGGAUGGGGGUUCCGACGACGAACCAGACCCCGAAUUGUUAGAGCUCUUGCGCCAGCAUCUUGGAAUGGGCGGCAAAAAGUAUAACGACCUUCCGCCUGAGACAAGGGUACUGGAAGGAGCACAGUACAUCUUUGACAAUGCCAUCGAUGUUGCAUUGAGCCCAGCACAGACGAAAGAAGCUGCCGAGACAAUAUGGCGUUUGAUGCAGAAGAAGGCCUAUUCUACGCAGACCUGGUCGGAGCAUGAACUGCACCCGAAGACCAAGGACGAGAGCACAGUGGACUUUAUCUUCACGAUGGACCUUUUGAACUUCAGCUUUUGGUCUGAAGAGAAAGACCAAUCGAAACGUUUCUGUAUCGAGUACAGGGGGAAGAGGUGGACUGGUUACUGGAGCUUGGUCGCUGCGUUACAAAGAGCCCUCGAAGAAGGGAUUCCCAUUACGACACCCGAAUUUUGGAUCGACGAGAAGGAGUGCACAGAAGAGUUGCUGAGGCAUGUCUUUCGAUCUGCCACCGAUGAAGAGAUUCCCCUGUUUCAAGAGCGAGUGCAGUGCUUGCGCGAGGCAGGUGAGGUUCUCUGCAAUGAAUUCGGAGGUAGCUUUGUUAAUUGUAUCGAUGAUGCAAAUUUCUCCGCUGCUGGUCUUGUCAACCUGCUCACUGAGAAUUUCGUUUGCUUCCGUGACGAAACAAAGUUCAAUGGAAAAAGGGUACGUCUCUACAAGCGUGCCCAGAUUCUUGUUGCAGACCUUUGGGCCUGUUUCGACGGAGAAGAUUUCGGAGAGUUCAACGACAUCGACAAGAUCACCAUGUUCGCAGACUAUCGUAUUCCCCAAAUGCUUCAUCAGCUAGGUUGCCUUCGCCUCUCUCCUUCAUUAGAGAGCCACAUUCGUGACCUGAAGCCCAUUCCAGCAGGUUCAAACUGGGAGAUCGAACUUCGCGGAACAAGUAUCUGGUGCGUGGAGCUUAUCAAACGCGAAAUUGAGAAGCGCCACCCCGAAGUCAAAACUGCAGGCCUUCAAGGCCUUACGGCUUCUGAGGAGAACACUCCUCCGGAUUCAGAGACAGAGGCCCAGGCCACCACGAAAAAGGAAGAGAAACCGCAAAAGACGUACGGAGUCAAUGCGAUUCUGAUCGACUUCUUUUUGUAUGACACGAUGAAGAACCUGGAGGAGGAGCAUAACGAGAGCAUUCCUCACCACAGGACUCGAAGCAUUUGGUAUUAG